GUGAUCAGGAAAAAAAAAAACGAAAAAAAAAACCAUCGUCAAUUCUUUAACAACAAAAUAUUAACCAAAAAAAUCAGCAAUUUAUUCAUAGAAUCAUAGCAUACGAGAUGAAGAAACCCAGUCAACUAUCGACCACCAUUCUAACUAUCUUCGUGAUCCUUGCUAUAGGGGUGAUGGUGAAGGAAACACUGGGACAGGCGCCGAGGACUUGUUUUGAAGCUCUAAAAGAUGCUUCUAAAGGUGCAUCAACAUGUGACUCGGAAUUGUGUGCCUCUCUAUGUAAGAAGAAAUCUGCCGACGGUGUUGGUACUUGCAGAACAAAGACGACACAACCCAGUAAAGGACAACCAGAAUGCCACUGCAGAUUUUGGUGUCGAUCAGAUGGAAGUCCGUACAAGUAGAAUUUUCAGACCAUCAAUUUACCAAGUUAAAUACAUGGAACACGGAGUUCCUCACAUUUUUCAUUUGAUGCUAUAAAAUUUUGUAAUAAUUGUAUAUAAGUAUAACAAUACUAAAUAAGUAAUUAUAAAAAAUAUACUAAAUAAGUAGACCAUGACAUAAUCACUUUUGUGCUAA